AUGAAGUAUCGCGGCGUUGUCUACGAUGUCGGCCUCAAUUUUAAUGGCACUGGAUUCUCCGUCGAGCCAUUCGACCCUGCUCUAGUCAAAUACGACAUGAAAACAAUCGCCGACGAGUUGCAUGCCAAUGCCGUCCGGAUUGAAGGAGAGGAGAUAACUCGGCUGGAGAUUGCCGCACGGUCAGCGCACUCGAUGGGACUAAAGGUGUUUUUCAAUCCGUGGAAGAUGAAUGCAACCAUCGAGGAGACUCGCGCAUACUUCGAAGAGGCGGCAAAAACUGCAGAAAGAUUACGCAAUGAAGGCAUUGAUUUGGUCUUUAUCGCCGGCUGCGAAUACACCAUCUUCAGCAAAGGUGUUUUCCCCGGAGAUUCUUUCAACGACCGUGUAAUGUUUCUCGGCCCGCAGUUUCCCAGCGGCCACAUGAUCGAGGAUAUUCCUCAGGCUCUGCGUGACAAGUCUGUCGAGUUGAAUAAGGUGUUGCGGUCUUUCGUUGAGGUGAUUCGUUCCCAGUUCGGAGGACAGAUCACAUAUUCGGCUGGCUCCUGGGAAGUCGUGGACUGGGAUAUUUUUGACGUCGUCGGCAUAGACUAUUAUCGCCGAGGAGAGACUGCGGAGAAGUAUGUCUCGUGUCUCGACCGGUACAGGAUUGGAAAGCCUCUCGCUGUUUUAGAAGUCGGCUGCUGCGCCUACGAGGGAGCAGCAGAGCGCGGAGACGGCGGGUUCGUACUCUUGAAAGGCACGAAUCCAGACGGCACUGGCAUCUUCGAGAACGAUAUUGUCCCGACUCGGAGCGAGAAGGAACAGGCCGAUUAUGUCGGGACGCAGCUUGAGCUUCUCAACAAUGCAGGGGUUGAUGCGGCCUUCAUAUUCCUGUUUUCGUUCCCUUGCAUGCCGGCAGCAAAAGGGGCGAGGGAUCUGGACAUGAUGUCUUUCUCGCUGGUAAAGACCUUUCCUGAGAAGGACUCAAGAUCUAAGGAUAUGCCUCCAUGGGUACCGAAAAAGUCUUUCCAUCGCGUCGCUGAAGUCUUUCGUUCUAUGGAGCAGGAAGAGCAGAGUUCCGCAGUGACUCAGUGA